ACCAAGAACUGGACAGUGAGCAGAGCCAAGUAGGUGUGGCAUUCUGUCAGGAAAGAAUUUGGCCACAGGUGUGAAGUUUCCUCAGUGUUGCUGUAUGUCAAACAAAUAAAGCCCAUACCCUGCUCUUCCACCACAGCAGUCCACAAACAGUUUUCUACUUUAUGAGGAUUGAGACUUCAGGGAAAGGGUUGAAAAUGCAAUGAACCCGACCCUCAGCUAAACAACCACCUUGUGUGUGGCAGCUACAAGCAGUGUGUUGACCCCGGAUAUGCAAGCACCAAGAAUCUGCACUCGCAGAGAUUUGUUCCAUCCCCAGCAUUGUGAUUUACUGUUCUUUUCAUAUUGUCACAAAACAUUAUUUUCCAUUAUACUACUUGUCUCUGAUGGAAAUGAUUGUGCAGAAAAAUAACUGGCCAUGAGUCAAUCAGGUAAUGGUCUGCAAAGAAUGUUCUCGACCCUGUGAGAAUAGGAAAGGGUGGAGCUUGUUGAGGGACACAGAGCAGAUGGUCAUUUAGCAGAAUGCCUAAUCAGCAGAUUUGUCAAAUAAACACCAAGACCUAUCUUGACCAGAGUCUUAAUCUCAGCAGACACUGCCCUCGAGGAAGCUGUUGUGCAGAUGAAAAUGUCAUACAUCUCUUUUCAGAGUGUGAAUUUGCCAUGAUAGUCUUCACAGUAGUCUUUGUCAAUGUUCAUUCUGAACAGCCAGAGAACACAAUGUGGAGUCACAACACAACAUUCUGUGCUUUUCGUGCUGUUUCCAAGGACACAUUGAGACAAACAUUGACUGUGCCGCAAGAUUACAACCCAUUGAAAGAUUCAUCUGAUGCUUUUAAAGUGCGAAUCAGCCUGAAGACAGCUCUUGGAGAUGAGGCUUAUGAUUGGGAUGAGAGCGAACAAUUCUACUUUCAAGCAACAGUAGCAUAUGGUAUGAGAAAAUCAAUGAAUAAACCAUUUAAUGUGUCCGAUGUGCACAUAUGUGAGGAAACAAAAAGGAUCUCAUUUUAUUUUGUGGUGACAGAUCCACAUACAGCAUUGAAACCUCUUCCCAAGACACAUGUGGAAAAAGCAAUCAGAAUGGUCAGAGCCAGAUUCAAUAAUGCCUUUUCUCUGGAUGACAACACACUGGAGUUUAUUGGUAUUGAACCUACCUUAGCCCCAGCCUGGGAGCAACCUGUCACUGUGUGGCUGAUCAUUUUUGGUAUCAUCAUGGGCUUGAUAGUAUUUGGUUUAAUUAUGAUAAUUGUGACCGGCCAUCGAGAAAAAAUGAGGAAAGCAAAAGCUGCUGAAAAGGAAGAAGAAAAUGAAGAAGAAAAUUUCAAAGGGGCUGAGAAUGGAAUCCACUGCAGAACACUGGGAGGGAGUGAAGGAUGUCAAAAUGAAGCAUUCCGUCCAGAUGAUGAUAGCUUAACAACACUAUAAAAUCAGCUCUGCCCUACCAUCCAUGCAGGCCAUUGCAGCCUUAAGUACAUUAAUGGUAGAAUUAACUCAGUAAGUAAGUGUUAUUAAAAUUAAACACCAACCCUUAAAUCAGUUCAGUUUUACUUAUAAUUUUCUUUUUAGAGAGUACAUUUGCUUCAUGUUGAAUGAAGAUAGAUGUGUAGCAAUGUUAAACAUUGCAGCAAAUCCGUAAUUGCUAAAUUUGUGUCUAAAGUUGGAGUCUUGCUUAUCUUUCUUUAUUGUACUGAAUACUGAUCACUUAAGAGAAUAUUAACCUGGUUCAUGGUGAGGGACUGCAUAUAGUAUUCUUGCUUUCAUAGGUCGGGACAUUGAGUGUGAGAGUCAGGAAGUCAUGGUGCAGCUUUAUCAGACUUUGGUUAGACUACAUUUGGAGUAUUGCGUGCAGUUCUAUUCACUCCAUUACAGGAAGGAUGUGAAGGCUUUGAAAAGGAGGCAGAGGAGGUUUACCAAAAUAAUAUCUGGUUUAAAGGGUUUAGCUAAAGGGAGAGGUUGGAAUGAUUUGAAUAGUUUUGUCUGGAACGCCAGAGGUUGCAGAGAGACCAAGUAAUAGGUAAAAUUAUGAGGCACAGGUAGGAUAAACAGUCCUUCCCAGGAUGGAAAAAUUAAUUACUAAAGGGCAUAGUUUAAAGUUGAGAGUGGUAAAGUUUAAUUUUUACACAGAGAGUGUUGAGUGCCUGGAAUGCGCUGCUGGGGAUGGUGGUUGAGGCAGGCACAAUAGUGGCAUUUAAAAGACUUAGAUAGGCGCAUGGAUAUGCAGGAAAUGGAGGGAUAUGGGUUGUGCGCAGGCAGAUAAGAGUUGGUUUUGUCAUCAGGCUCGACACAGACAUUGUGAGCCUAAGGGCCUGCUUUCGUGCUGUACUGUUCUACGAUCUAUGUUUUGUGUUCUAAAUAUUGGCUUUGCAAUUAAACCAUGCCAGCUCAACUUCAAGCAGUUGUCUCUGUCAAUCUAUUUUUCCAUGUUUAAUUUUUGUGUUUUUUCACUUCAAGUAUACUUUUAAUUAAAAUUCUAUAAUUAAUUAAACAUGCUAUAGUUAUUUUAGUUAUUUUAUAUUAUUUUGGCGUAUAUGUAAUGGUACAUUUUCAAAUAAAAUAAAAAAUAUAUAAAGAAAAAAUGUAAAAUAAUAGGCCUGUAGGAUAAUUGGCUUGGCAUAAUUGUAAAUUAUCCCUAGUGUGGGUGGGAUAGUGUUAGUGUGUGGGGAUCAUUGGUUGGGCAGACUCUGUGGGCCGAAGGGCCUGCUUCUGCGCUGUUUCACUAAAUUAAAGUAAGCUCCAUUUCAGUCAUCAACAUGCUUUAACCCUUGCAUUACAUUCCACCCCUUGGAGUUGUCUGUCUACAGCAUGCAUAUAACUGUGUUACGAUACGAUUGUUGCCAUGAUUAUACAGCUAGCUCUUCUAUCUUCCUAAUCUACAAACCUUGCAAUGGGAUAACAUAUGUAGUUUCUUAAGUUGUCAUCUAAAAAAUAUAAAGAACAAUAUAUUGUAAUAUGCGUAUAAUACAAAGCCUAACAAUCACAUGUGAAAUAACGCAAUCCAUGGAUGAACUUCAAUAUUCAUUCCCUAGUUUCACAUUUGUGCCCAUCAACUUGAGUUCUGCAAUUCCUCUACCAUAUUGCGUUUGUGUAAUAUUUCUUCCUUUUUGUGAUUAGCCCACUGGUUGAUAAAUCCCAAUACUUUGAAGUCUCAGAUAUUAUCCAAUCUCAGAUAAGCAGCGUUCAAAGUUUUUCAGCGAAGUGCUUGUGUUAAUGUAGAUUCAAGUUCCAAAGCUCUAACUUGGAA